UCAAAGCGAGCCACAAAAACGGAUUCUGUUUUCCUCGUUAAAUUCGUUUUCACUGUUUCGUCGACGAAAAGACGCUACUGCGCUGCUCCCGGACAAAAUCUUUUUAAGCGAUCGAAAACGCUAAGUUCGGGAACGGGUAUAUUUUUCCAGUGCAAUAUUCGGCCGAUGAAUUAAAAAUAAAAAUAAUUUAAUUAAAGUACUUUUUAAAGAAAAAAACAACAAAUAAGUAACGUCAAAGAGAACGGCGUUCUAAAAAUAGCACCGUUUAUUAUUGUUGUUAGAUUCCUUAGCGCGUCGGUUUUGUUUUCGGAUGGAUAAAAUUUUCCAGUUAUCCCUGUUUUGUUAUGCUCUACAUUAAUAUCAAUGGAUAUUUUUUUUUGAAUUGUUGCUAAAGCGAGUGAUGUUUUUUUUUGUUAAAGUGUUUUAUCCCGUUUCCCAACUUCAACAACAACAAAAAUAAAAACGCAUUCCUGCACACCAAGAAAAAAAUGCGUGUUCGUGUGUAUUACUGCAGUCUCUCAGCGCUGCAUGUGUGCGUGUGUAUGUGUGUAUGCUGCAACUAAAAACCAAAACUAAACAAACAACAACAAAAAGUAAUACAAGAAAAACUUAACCAAGCGACAAUGUGAUGCGAAAAGGCGAUAAGUUGCAGCAAAAACAAAAGCGUGAAGAAAGAGAAAAAACGCGGAAAUGCAGUUGAGCGCAUAAUUUUUAUAAGCCAAGCGACAAACGCACACACUCGAACAAAAACCUUAAAUAAAAAAAAAACAAAUUAAAAGUAGAAAACAGCAACAAGAAGGGGAGUGUAAAUAAAAUUCAUGAAGUAAAAAAGAAGCAUCAGCGAAAAGGAGAAAGAAGGAGCAGCAGCGUCAACAAACACAAACACAAGAUAUACCUGCGUGUGUGUGUGUAUGUGUAUGUUCUCUUCUUACUCUUCAAAUGUGUGUGUGUGCCAUGCUCUCUAAAAUACACUGAGCGAAAUAAAAAUUAUAGACGACUUGCACAAAAUGUUGAGCACCAGCACAACAACAACUAUAGCAGAUACACCAAACACUGAACACAGUGAGACUCCGAUACAAGCUACACCGGAAGAAAAAUCCCAAAGACGCCGUUCCACAUUCUAUGUGCCCUUGGUAAUCGAAGACGAAGAGGAGAAAAGUGGUCUGGUGGAUCUGGUCCAAAAAUCAUCCAGCAACACCAGCCUGAGCAGCAACAGUAACUCCCUAACUAAUUCUGAAACCAAAUCGGCCAAAAGCUAUAGUCUUCGCAAGUCCAGCUCCGUGAAAAGCGGCGUGGCCAAGGUUAGUGCUCUUUUCGAGCGGAAAACAUCGCACUCCUCCUCCUCAUCGAAAAUGUCGCCACCCUGCGGUUUCAAUUGGAGCAUUAGUGGUAGCGAGAAUACGGCCCAGUAUUCCGAUACCGAUGAGGACGAGGAAAACUCCUCGGAGGCGCGGCAUCGCGAACAAUUGCUCAAAUCCCUGCCCACUGGGAAUAACAAUGCCGCCGCCUCCCCGUCGAAAUUGAAAAGAUAUGGCAUAGUGCUGAACGUGAUCAGUUUGAAUGGCAGCGAUGGGGAGCAGUCCUCGAUAGGUAGCAGUACUAUACCCAUGGGUAUUUCGACUGCGCCUAGGACUCAUUUCAAUGAGGACAACGAUAUCGUUUUGGCCACGCCCCCGCCGCCCAAACAGCAGGCAUUAUCCGGUCAAGAAGCACAGGAUUAUGACGAUGAUUCAGAGAUCAGUCGCAUGCAGACAAACACCUCGACACCCAUAAAGCUGAUGAAGUCGCGAUCGCGUACCAAUAUACUGGCCGUACCGCUGCCCUCGGUUGAACGAGGUUUGGCCACAAAUACGGCGACUAAUAACAACAACAACAAUAAUAAUAAUAAUAAUAAUACCUCAUCCAUGGGAACGACUACCACGACGACCACCACGCUGAUUACGCUCCGUGCCAAAUCGAAGACACUGCCGCAAAACUUAUCGCCCUCAGUUGUUUUACGCGAGGCAGCCGCUCUGGAUGAGCUCGAAAAGAAGCGGGAAAAACAGCAGGCGAAGCAGGAAAAGCAGGAAAAGCUGCAGGAAAAACAGCGUCAGCUGUUUGGCGGCAGUACCGCCAGUCAGAUAGCGGUAUCCUCAUCCCCCUAUAAACUGCAGAACAGCUGUUCGGCCACGUCCAUUCUGACGCACAGUUUUCCGCCCAAAAACCUAUUUCUACUCAAGUCAACGCCCAAACUUUCAACGGAUAUAGCAGGAGCCACGCCCCCGAAUACGUCGGUGAUCUGUUCGCCGCCCAAGAAGUCGCUUAGUUUUAUACGACGCGCCCACUCCACCAAAGUGGCCCGCAGUAAUUCCCUAUUGAAACCAACAAACCAAGCAGGUGGCUUAGGAUCUGGUAGCGGAUCUGGUGGACACUCACUUAACCAUCAGGGAGCCAUGCAGGGAUCAUUGUCCACCAGCUGUACUGGGGAUAGUUCCAGCAACAAUGGCAGUUGGGGCAAACAUUUCUACCAGCCCUACGACGUCUGCCCCUUGAGUUUGGACGAACUGAACUGCUAUUUUCAGGCCGAUCACUGCGAGGAACUGAUCUGUGAACGUUUCAAGAUCAGGGAUCUGGCCAUACACAUGACCUCGGCAUCGGCAUCAGCAGCUGGAGCGGAUCUCUCGGUGGCCACUGAGAAUGAGGCGACGGCAACGGCGGAGGACGAUGCGGGACAUCAUUCCGAUACUUCCUAUGAGAAGGCGUGCCGCCGUGGAUCCGCCCCCACCACGCCCAUUUUGGGCAGCAAACAACACCAGACGGAGCACAAUGCCACCUCGCGAUUCACCAACUUCUUUUCCAAAAAAUCCAAUCCCCUGAAGCGGACCAAGUCGGUGACCAAGCUGGAGCGGACCAAGCGCGGUUCGGGCGGACUGAGGGGAUCCCGAUCGCACGAGAGCCUGUUGUCCAGUCAUGCCGUCAUGUCCACCAUAGAUCUCUCCUGCAACGGGGCAGUGGGUGUGGCACCCGUGCACCAGUCCGUUUUGGGGCGACGUCACUGUUUCCAGGUGCGCGGCGGGCCGCGUGGCGAGCGUUACUACUCGUGCGGAUCGCGCCAGGAGCGUGACCUCUGGAUCUACUCGCUGCGCAAGUCGAUUGCCCCGAAUGCGGAGCACACGCGUCGCACGGACAACUCGCUGAAGAUGUGGGUCUACGAGGCGAAGAAUCUGCCGCCAAAGAAGCGAUACUUUUGCGAACUGCAGCUGGACAAGACGCUGUACGGCCGGACAUCGGUGAAGCUGCAGACGGAUCUGUUGUUUUGGGGCGAGCACUUCGACUUCCCCGACAUACCCGAGAUCAAUGUGAUCAAUGUGAACGUGUUCCGUGAGGUGGACAAGAAGAAGAAGCGCGACAAGUAUCAGUUUGUGGGCUCCGUGACGAUACCGGUGCGUGACGUGACCUCCAGACUGCCCUGCGAGCACUGGCAUCCCAUACUGAGCGACAAGGCGGGCGACAGUCUGGGCCGGACGUCGGGCGGCGGCGGCGGCGGCGGAGUCGGCGGAAGUGGCUCCGGCAAGGACAAGGACCAGUUGCCCACGCUGAGGAUCAAGUGCCGUUUCCAGAGCACCGAGAUCCUGCCCAUCAAUGUGUAUGGCAACUUCUUGGCCUAUCUGAAGGAGAACUACAAGCGUGUGUGCGAGACCCUCGAGCCGGUGAUUGGGGUGAAGGCCAAGGAGGACAUUGGACAGGCUUUGGUGCUGCUGAUGCAUGCCCAGGGAUUGGCCGGCGCCUUCCUCACCGAUGUGGUGGCCCUCGAUCUGUUGCGCGUGGGCGAUCAGAGGCUGACGUUUAGGGGCAACUCACUGGCCACCAAGAGCAUGGAGGCAUUCCUCAAGCUGACGGGCGAACAGUAUUUGCAGGACACGCUGUCGGCGCCCAUCAAUGAGUUGAUUCAAUCGGAGCGGGACUGCGAGGUGGAUCCGACAAAGGCGAGCGGUUCGUCGGCAGGCUCGCUGCAGCGGCAGCAGGCCGCCCUGCGCGGCGCUGUGCGGGGGGCGUGGCAGUGCAUAUUUGAGUCGCACAAGCAUUUUCCCGCCCAGCUGCGCAAUUGCUUUGCCACGUUCCGGGAGCGCUUGCAGCAGCUGGGCCGCCAGGACAUGGCCGACAACCUGAUCUCGGCGAGCAUCUUCCUGCGCUUCCUGUGCCCGGCCAUCCUGUCGCCGUCGCUGUUCAACAUCACCACCGAACUGCCAUCGGCGCGGGCCACGCGCAACCUCACGCUGGUGGCCAAGACGCUGCAAACGCUGGCCAACUUCACCCGCUUCCAGGGCAAGGAGAACUUCAUGGAGUUCCUCAACGAUUUCCUCGAAGCCGAGGCCGAUCGCAUGCAGCAGUUCCUCGAGAUAAUCUCCACGCGACCGGAGCACCCGGUCCCCGAUUCGAUACUCGACUGGGCCGGCUACAUUGACCAGGGCAAACAGCUGUCCAUCCUCCACACGCUGCUCAGCGAGAGUCUGGCCAAGCUGCCGGAGGCCAGGCAGCACGAACUGGACCCCCUGCAGCACAUUCUGGACGAGAUCAGUCGGGCCAAGGAGCAGGGCUUGGGCACAGCGCUGCCGGGUGGCUAUCUGCCGGCCACAUCCGCCUCCUCCACGCACUCGAUAGCCAGCGAGAAUCAGGAGAAUCGCAAUCCGGGCUCAACGGUCACCCCGCAUGCCGGCUCCAAUCCGGAGCAGUUGCUGCCGCAGCAAAGCCAGUUGGCUCAGCCGCAGCAUGCGAUUGUUAGCAAACCCUUGUCCGCGGAGCGUGGCAUAAUGCGUGGUGUACUCACACCGAAUUCCCUGGAGAAGAAUAUCUUUCGUUACAAUGAUCCCACGGUUAAUGGUUUUCUCCAGCAGCAACAGCAGCAACAGCAGCAGCAGCAACAGCAGCAGCAACAGCAACUGCAACAGCAACAGCAUCCGCACCAUCAGCAUCCCCUACAGCUGCUAUCCAAUUCACAAACGUCCAUUGCCGGCGGCAAUCAGUAUAUGAGUUCGCCGGGUGGUGGCCUGCAGCAUGCCCAAUCGCAGACCUCGAUGGCAUCCUCAUCGAUCAAUGGCAGCAUCAGCAAUCUGCUGCAUGGCCACCAUCCGCAGCAACAGCUGCAGCUGCAUCCACAUUCUCAGCCACAUGCACAUCACUGCCCGCCGGCGCCGCAGACGAGUGCCUCCAGCACCAUGGAGCGCAUGGAGCGGAUGAACUAUCCGUAUUUGGCGCACAAUGGCAACGACUACGAUUCCAGCACGACGCCAUCCAGCACUCGCUCCAAGACACUGCCACGCAACGGCAAUGGAAAUGGCAAUGGUAAUGGUAUUGGAAUCCAAGCCAAUGGCAAUGGCAACAUGAGUAGCAAUAACAACCAGAGUGGCAGCUACGACGACAUGCAUGGCGAGUUCCAGAUCCAGAUAUCGGGACUCGAUACGAGCAGUGCCUUUGUGUGCAAGUCACCCACGCCCAUGAUGAAAUCCAGUUUGGGUCCAGCUGGGGCGUCACGUGGCGGUCACCACAAGCUCAACCUGGGCAUACCCGAUCAUUCGGUUGGCUAUGUGCGCGGCGGCGGCGGCGGUGGCGGUGGCGGUGGCAAUCCCAACUCGAAUAUGCCCAAGAAUCUGGAGGAUCUCGACGAUCUGUUCAAGUAUGCCGAAGAGCAUGAUGUGGCGGAGUCAACUAACCAUCAUUUGCACAGCCAGAGUGGUCACCAACAGAGUGGUCACCAACAGAGUGGCCAACAGAGUGGUCACCACAAGCCCGCUGGUGUGCCCGGCAAGGAGCAGCUGUCGGCGAAGAGCAGCCACUGCAGCUCCGGCUACCAGAGCAUCUCCACCAAUCCCUCGCCCUCGCAGUCCUCCAGUCCCGUGGAGAGCCAGCUGAAGGCCGCGAUGGGCACUCACAAUGCGCCGCUGGCCUUCAAGAAUCCCUCCUACCAACUGCAGCAGCCCCCAACGGGUUCCUCCCGUUCCUCGGCUGCAGCUAAUCCCCACCAGCAACAGCAGCAGCAGCAGCAACAGCAGUUUGGCAGCCGCCUGAAACCCAUUGGCGGUGGCUUAGUGGCCGCCAGGGCGGCCUUUCUCAAUAGCGGCGGAGCGUUGGAGGUGGCGGCCACCCUGACGCCCAGUUCCUCGGAUGAACAGUUGUCGGGUGACAACUAUUUCAGCUAUGCAGCGGCGGCGGCGGCCGGAGCGGGUAUGUCCACCAAACUGGAGGCCCAACGUUCGCUCAGCGGCGGCAGCAGCUCCUCCACCUCGGCCUCGGCGGCAUCCACCUCGAAUCUGGGCAAGAGUGCUGGCUCCUCCGCCUACGGUCGCCUGAAUGGGCCACUCAAACGGGAGGAUGUCUAUGGCAGUGGCUACGGCGGCAGCAGCGGCAAUGUGGGCUAUGGCCUCUCCACUUCCAGUGUGACUGCAGCCCAUCAGCAGCAUCAGCAGCAUCAACAGCAUCAGCAGCAGCAUCAGCAGCUCCAGUUGCAGCAGCAGCAAAGGGAACGGGAAAGGGAUAGGGAAAGGGAGCAGGAACUGAAGCAGUAUGCAGGCAGUGUUUCGGGCAGUGUGGGAUCGGCUAAUUCGGCGGCCCAGAGGCGUCUGAGUUUGGAUUCGGCACGCACGCUCUCCGACAGCAGCACGGAUACAGAGGGACACUGCAAUCAAAUGCAGGAGGGCAAGCGACGCAGGCAGUUGCGCAGCAGUGGCGGCAGUGGAAGUGGCAGCGGCGGCGGAGGAGGAGGAGGAGGAGGAGCUGGUUCGGAACAGGGACUGGGAAAGAGCUAUGACCAGAACGGGGAGAUCCAGCUGCUGCAACAGACGCUGGACACGCUCCGGCACACACUCGACCGGGACGAGGCGGAGCUGCGCGACUCCAGCGACGAGCUGUUCGGCCUCCAGCGGCCAGCGGGCAGCGCCGGCAGCAACGGUUCCAACAAUCUCAGCCUGCAGUCGGAGUCCACCAUGCGCAGCAUCAUCGACAGUUUCUUUCAAUCCUCCUGCAGACUCAUCACCAUGGAGGAGGAGCUGCGCCGCGAGCAGUUGAAGAUGUCGCUGGCGCUGUCGCACAAGCAGCGCGUCAUCGAGGAGCAGGGCCAGCAGAUCGCGGCACUGGACGCGGCCAAUAGCCGGCUGUUGAGCGCCCUGACCGCCCUGCGCCAGCGGUACGAGACCCAGCAGCAGCAGCAGCAACAGCAGCAGCAGCACCAAGCACCACCAAAGACCCAGAAGCCGCAGUGAGCGGAUGGGGGAGGAAGGGUAGAGAUCGGAGGAGGAUUGCAAGGAGACCGGAUCCGGAACCGGAACCGAGACCUUGGCUAACUGACGGGUGGCAUCUUUGUUGUACACAAUAUGCAAACUUCUGGACACCGUCGCGGUUCUGUCUUAUGGAUACCUUUUUGUUUAUUUUUUUUUUAGCUAUUUUUUUUGUAUGCUACAUAAAUUAUACUACAUGUUUAAUAUAUAAUUACACAUAUAACAAACAUACAUUAUAAAUAAUUUCUCAAUCUUAUGUUUAAAAACAAAAACAAAAUGUGAAAACGCAACUGCAAAAGCAGUAAGAUAAACCGCAGAAGUACGGAGCAUGGAAGUGAAGAAGAAACAAGAACAAGUUAAGAUAAUGAAUAAAAUUAUAACCAAAGUUAGACAAAAA